GUCGACCGCACACUGGGUGCGCUGUAUCGGUCUGGGUGGACAGUAUAGUUACCUCAACAUUUAAUGGAAUAAAAUGCCGCGGACUCGUGUAAAUUGACAAACCGCUUCAACGCAAUUAAUUAACGUUUCUUAAUUAAGACGCCAGCGCGCACACAGCUCGUGGCGACAGGCCUACUUGGGGCUGUUUAUCAGCGAUAUUUCAGGCGUUCUGUCGCUGCGUGAGACAAACUGAAACGGAAGACCUCCUCUCCUCAACGCCUCCCGUCUCCGCUGCGCCCGACUCUUCGCCCUCGCUCCCCGCAAAGUCGCCGCCCGAGCACACCUGGGCAGGGAAAUGUGCGCGUGCGUGUAUCCUCGGAUGCGUGACUGUCUGAGAGUUUUGGGCUGAAGUAAGAGGUUGACGUCUGCCGUUCAUCUCUCCCCUUCUGAGACGUGCUUCUCCAUCAAUUGACUGCAUUUAUCUCCACAACCGCAAGGCAUUAUGGGUAGGAAAAAGAUUCAGAUCCAACGGAUCACCGAUGAAAGGAACAAGCAGGUGACCUUCACAAAGCGAAAGUUUGGCUUGAUGAAGAAGGCCUACGAGCUGAGUGUGUUGUGUGACUGCGAGAUCGCCCUGAUCAUCUUCAACCACGCCAACAAGCUGUUCCAGUAUGCCAGUACCGACAUGGACAAGGUCCUGCUCAAAUACACCGAGUACAACGAGCCUCACGAGAGCCGGACCAACGCAGAUAUUAUCGAGACUUUAAGAAAGAAAGGCUUCAACGGUUGUGAAAGUCCAGAGCCGGAUGGUGAAGACUCCAUCGACCAAAGUCCCCUAAAUGAUGACAAGUACCGCAAGACCACCGAGGAUCUGGAUGUUCUCUUCAAACGCUACGGACAGUCGACCGCUCCGUCCCAGACUUUCUCGAUGCCUGUCACAGUCCAGGCGUCUAAUCCAAGCUCAUUGCAGUUCAGUAACCCUGGCAACGCACCGGUAACUACCUCCUAUGUAACAUCAUCAUCGCUCACGGAUACCCACCUCCUGUCGCCCCAGCAACCGGCUCUUCAAAGAAACACGGUGUCUCCAGGGUUGCCACAGCGACCAGCUAGUGCGGGUGCUCUUCUCGGAGGAGAACUGAAUAAUUCAAAUGGAGGCUGCCCGAGUCCAGUCCCUAAUGGAUACACUAGUGCCAGGGCCUCCCCAGGCCUCCUCACUGUUUCCAACGGCAACAGUCUGGGGAAAGUAGUCCCGGCCAAGUCUCCGCCCCCACCUCCCAGCCCCCAGAUGGUCAACAGCCGCAAGCCAGACCUCAGAGUCAUCACCUCACAGGGCGGAAAGAGCCUCAUGCAGAUGACAGAGGAUGAGCUGGAGUUGGUAAACGAGAACGCUCAGCGGUUGGCAGCAGGAGCCCAAGCGGCACAGAGCCUGACCACGCCGGUGGUGUCUGUGGCCACGCCGAGCCUCCUGGCACAAGGGUUGAACUUCUCCGCCAUGACCACGGCAUACAACACAGAGUACCAGCUGACCAGUGCAGACAUCACAGCUUUACACGCUCUGGCGUCACCUGGCGGCUUGUUGCCAACCAGUGUGUCCACAUGGCAACAGCAGCAGGCUGUUUCACAGCAGCAGCAGCAGCAGCAGCAGCAUCAACAACAGCAGCAGCAGCAGCAUCAACAACAACAGCAACAGCAGCAGCAACAACAACAGCAGCAGCAGCAGCAGCAGCAGCAACAACAGCAGCAACUUAAUCUUGCUACACUCAGCAACUUGGUCAUGUGGGGCGUGGACAAACAGAGCAGCGAGCUGUCUAGCCAGGUGUCCAGUCUGGCUGCCAACCUGAGCGUUUGCUCUCCGUCCAACCUGCUCUUGGGUAGAGAUGAGUGGUUGGGCCGGUCCGUGACCCAUAUACCUCAAGGCGCCAUGCUGACCGUCAACACAAACCCCGGCGUGAGCAUCAAGUCGGAGCCCAUCUCGCCCGGCCGGGAUCGCAGCACCCCGUGCCCUCCGCCCUCCUCUACCACGCCGUCCUCCACCUCCGGGGGAGCCAUUUUAACCGCGCCACCGCAGUACCCCGGCUCCCUGCUGUGCCUGGAGCCCCCGACCGGCCGCUCGCCUGCGGACAGCGUCAGCAGCAACGCCAGCUCCUUCGAAGGCAGCGAUCGUGAUGACAGUGGGGGUGCAGCUGGAGGCGGAGGCGGCGGCGGCGGAGGCGGUGGAAGCAGCGCAACUGGUGCCGCAGGAAGAGGCGGUCCGGGCAGCCGCCCUGACUUCAGCCCCUCGGCCGAGCUCCUCAGGGCGUCGAAUGAACCGGAGCAGGAGGGAGGCAACAUCAAGCGCAUGAGAUUGGAUACCUGGGUCACAUAAAGUUGUGAGCCGCACCUCUUUGCACCAACAGCCAAGUUUUGGUGAAGCGUAAACCCCCACACCCGAUCUUUACCGCCCAGCACCAUGUGACGCCACUCACCCGCCUCUGUCCCAAGUUAUUAAACUCUCCUGCGUCACCCACACUUAUGAGGCUUUGCCAAAUAUACAUUAAGAUUUUUUUUUAAAAGUAAUGUUUCGGGGAUCGCGCUCUGCGUGAGGCGGGGAUUGCUAAGCUGGAUGUUUCCCCCCUGUAAGUCCUCUCAUAAAAGGACAGUAGAUUCACUUUCUUUUGGUAGUACUUACACAUUUCUUUCACAUGCUUUUCACCUUAAUGUAUUUAAAUCAAGCACUGCUGAAUUAUUCCCAAUGUGGUAGUGGCUCGUCCACAUCACGGGACUUGUAUGACUCUCCACUUCCUGCUAUUUUAAUCCAACGUGGCUUGGGUUGUGUGUUCUCCAUCCUUUUUAUAAGUCACUUCGAAACAGCACUUUUUGCAUAGAACUUAAUGUAGAGGAAGUUUGAGGGCCGCGCUUCUAUCCAGCACUGAGCAACCCGACUCUUAUAGGUUAAGGUACCGACCCGUCAAUGAUUCUCUCCGCUGCCACAUUUCCCAAACCGUCCUUCACCCAGGCAGACUCGAGCCCAAAUGUCACACUCACACACACACACACACACACACACACACACACACACACAGAUGAUAGAACGACAUUGACUAAAUAUCACCGUCAGGAAACGAGAAACUGUUGAUGCUUUUAAUUCGCCGUGACGGUCCUCAGACGGGCUCCUCCCGUCCUCUCACCUCAUCCUCUUGCAACUUUUGGUAAGUUCUUGCACCAGAAAUCCAGCCAGCCACUCGGCUUAUGACCAGGAGUAGAUGCCAUCAAGUUUAAUGCUUCUUUGAGCCUCUCUGGUGGCUUUUUUGGCAGUAGAGAUUUGGUUCUUUCAGUCCAGAUGUUCUUUAUCUGUUGGUAUUUAGAAGCAGAAAAAUCUGUUUUAAAGGUCUGUUGGUUGUUCAAAAGUAGGAAUUCUGACUUUGUAUAAAAAUCCCUCCUAUACAAUAGCUUUGAUGUCCUCUUAAGCUCUCUAUAGCUCUCCUUAGCUCUUUGCCGUGUUUCAAACAGUAAAAGGAAAAAUACAUUUUCUAUAUUUCUACCGCUUCAGUUGGCGACAAAGUAAAAUAGCUUUUCAGCUUAAACGACGUGUAUGUACAUAUGACUAUAUUUGCAUAGACUUUGCUAGGUAUCCCUAAAAACAAGCAAUGUGUUGAUUCUCAGUGGAUCUGUUUGCAUAUACGAGUGUGAAUUUGAUAUGUUUCGGUGCAGGGGUUUCGCCACACUAGGCAGUGCUGGUGGCUCGGACUCGUUUCAGUAAAACUAUUUUAUGCUAGUGUUGAUGGUUUGUGCACUUUUUGUCUCACUCACAGAGGCCUGCUUGGUUGUGGUGUCAUCGUAUUCUCCUGCCACAAUUUUCUGUUUUUAAACCUAAAUCAAACCCACAAUAAAAUUGUCCAUUAUCACCUAAUUAUGAAAUAAUUAGGUCACCGCCGUUCACUUAUUGGUCGACUCUUUUCCAUAUAUAGCUUACACAGAUUAUGCCUUUUCUCACUCAGAAAUUAAGUGCUGUGUUGUUUAAUUGUAUGUUUUCUAGUACAAAUUUGUUUGGUUUGAACCAUUUGUUUUUGUUUGUGUACAAGUGUACAAAGGCUGUUUAUAGCCUGAAAAGAGACUCCUGAUUGCUGGACCUUUUUUUUUCCCCCUUGAGACGAUGCUCAAAGUGCAGACGGCCGUGUCUGCUGUUUGUUGACUGUUUAUUAUAUAAAACAUCUUACACUUUUAUAUCAGUGUAGGGCAAGUGGACACAGCGUCUUGUAUGAAUUAAUGGAGUUUGGUGUGAUUUAGUAGCAGAGUGUGACACUAGUGUUUGGGUUUGUGACAAAUAUCCACAAAAAACAUCACCCCACUGUGCAACAGUUUCACAGCAGUGUUGUUGAUGCUUUCCAUACGGUAAUUUUUACAUCCCUAAUUCGACAGUGUAGCCCUUUGCUCCGCUGAAUUCAGGUUAGUUCUUUUUAUUGUCGCUUUAUCAAUUUAACAUGCAACACUUUCAAUAAUAUUGUUAGUCGAAAUUGGCCUUUUAAACUAAACUUUUUCCUACAUUUUGUGAAACUCAUUUCUGACAGUUGGAUGAGAAGAUUAAUAGAAAUGUGUGUGUAGUAAAUGUCAAGCCAGCACUUCUUGUGCCACCUUUUUAUUCUGAUGAUCAUCAGCCAAAUUUAGCCGGCCGUGACUUCCCAUUGACCGGAUGGAUAUGUGGUAUGAAACUUCUCAUCCAACUGAAAUAUAGAAUAAGUAUAUUUCUCAAAAUGUGGAACAAUAUAUUUAAACUAAAGAUCGUUUGCACCCUUCAGGGGGAGCGAAUCCGUCAUCUCCAUUUUCACAUCAACUCAAUUUCAGUGGAAACUUUGUGGGCGCUGAUGGUUGACUGAAGUGUGACACCACACCGAUUUGGCUUAUUGAUGUACAAAAAGGUUCUCUAUUCCAAUCUAGCUGUUAGUCACAAGACAAUCUAUAUGACAAAUGAAAACCUGCACCCUUGUUACUUGUUGUGUACAAUGUUUUUAGACUCACUAUUUUUGGAUUAAUUUGUGCUGGUGACAGUUCCAUUGUCUAUUAUUAUAUUAUUAUGGAGCUAUUUUAUUGCUAUUUUGUGUAGGAUAGUUAUUUUCUCUUAUUGACAUAAUACUGGUUUCCUUUUUUUUUUUUAAACAACUUGCUGAAAAUUGCACGAUCAGUUAUUGUGGUAUUAGCAAAUGCAAUGAAGGAAAUACCAGUUAAAUGCUGCAGUUUUAAUUAAGAUAAAGAAUAUAUUUAUAAAAACGGGGAAUUGAAAUUAGUAAUUCAUGAAAUUUGAAAAAAAAAAAAAGUAAAUGCAUGGGAUACAGGUAACAAAACGUAUGUUACGCACAGUAAUGAUUAAGGAUAUGCAUCACAAAUGAGUUAUAAAACAACUCAAAAUAAUGUAGCAUAUGAAAUACUAAAGAUGAAAUUUAUAGCUAAUAUAUUGUGUUGAGCUAGUCUUUUUGUUUUUGUUGUAAAGAAAAUAAUUUGUUUUUUGAGUGAUUUACAAUUUGUGUAUAUUUUCAUAUACAAAGUAUGCACUGAUGUUAUUGAAAUUCUAUACCGCUUUUACAAAAAAAAGUGUUUGUUGUACCAAAGUAUCCAAGUCCCUUGAAACCUUCCCCUUUUGCGUAUGUUUUACCGUAUUUUAUAUAUUAAAUAGACGAACUGAGUGAAAUGAA